UUAGAAAAGGAGCUUUGCUGGAGACUGUGGCUUGGAUCAUGGACUUGGAGCGCAGCUUUAACAUGGACUCUGACUCCUGUACUACUUUGUGGGUUGAGUGAAAGGCUGACUCCUUUCCUAGUUUCCCCCACCCCAGGUAACCUGUCCCUGCUUGGAAGCUGCUGCAUAUAAAUCUUUAAUAUGUGCACUAGGUCUCACGUGUAGAAAUGGAAACAAACAUCGGACAGUUUUGGUCUUUGAAUCCACAGACCUUCGCGUAGAGCUCGGCACACAAUGGGAACUUAAUGAAUGCUUGUUGCUUGAAUGGAAGCGAGAAGAAAUGGCUUUAUCGGAGAAGAUAAAUUAUUUCAGAAAGAAAUAGUCAAAGCUGCUGAGAUCUCCAAGAGACGGGGAAACUCUCCCAUCACGAACUCAGAUUCUCAUGGAAUUCGAACCCAAGGGACUUCCCAGGACUUAGCCUCCUAAAGCGUCAGCUUCCGCGUAGUCAUCAGCCCUUGGGACUCUCCGCUGGGCCUCCGACGUAAAGGGAGCAAGAAGCUUGGGCAGUCCGAGAGAGUGCCUGAGGGAAGUAAACCACACAGAGAAGGCGACCUGGGGCCACACUUUUACUAGAAAAAAAAACAAAAACCUAUUGGAAGUAGAAGGAAGGGGAACUUGUCCUCUUUUGGGGCCAUAUUCGGUUAUUAUUACGAUUGUUAUUUUCUAUAGUAAAGUGGCUCUGUUCGGGUUAGGCCUACCGAGCGCCGCGCAAGAAGAAGGCCCUCAGCUUGGGGGGCCUUCUCUCUGAGGCGCGCGACGCUAGUGGUUGUAUCCGGGUUUGGCGGAUGGGUCGGACCCGGGAGUCGCGUUCGCGGUCUUUUUCGCGCUCACGCUCGCGCUCCCCGAGCUGCAGAAGCCGGCGGCGACGGCGAAGCAGGAGCCGGAGCCGGAGCCGCAGUCGCAGCCGAGAUGGACGGAGGCGACGCGAGAACAGCGAGGGACGGAAGCGGCGGCGGCGGCGGAGCCGGAGUCGGGAACGGGAACGAAGAGCGCAGGGAUCUGAUUCUGAGGAAGAGCGACAUAGGAGGAAAUCAAAGAAAUAUCAGAGCUCUGAAAGGGACCAGAGAAGCCCAAGAAAGUCACGGCCUCGAUCUCGGGAACCUUCCCAGUCAGAUUCUGGGAGUGAGCCAAGGAGGGAUCACAGGAGCAGACGCAGGAGGAGACAUCAUGAGAGCAGAUCAUCUACUUCUUCAGUGUCUUCUCCAUCACCUUCACCGCCCCAAUCUCAGAGCCCUCAAGAGGCCCUAGACAAGAAAUUGAGUCUCCAGGAGAGACGAAGGCUAAAGGAAGAGAAAAAGCAACAAGAAGAGUUGAUGAAGGCCUUUGAGACACCUGAGGAGAAACGGGCCCGGAGACUGGCAAAGAAAGAGGCCAAAGAACGAAAGAAGAGAGAAAAGAUGGGCUGGGGUGAAGAGUAUAUGGGCUAUACCAACACUGACAACCCUUUUGGAGAUAAUAAUCUGUUGGGAACGUUCAUAUGGAACAAGGCACUAGAGAAGAAGGGGAUCAGCCACCUGGAAGAAAAAGAGUUAAAGGAGAGAAACAAGAGAAUUCAGGAAGACAAUCGACUAGAAUUGCAGAAGGUGAAGCAGCUGCGGUUGGAGCGAGAGAGGGAAAAAGCCAUGCGGGAACAAGAGCUAGAGAUGCUGCAAAGGGAGAAGGAGGCAGAGCACUUCAAAACAUGGGAGGAGCAGGAAGACAACUUCCACCUUCAGCAAGCCAAACUUCGUUCUAAAAUCCGCAUAAGGGACGGACGGGCCAAGCCCAUUGACCUUUUAGCCAAGUACAUCAGUGCAGAGGAUGAUGACCUGGCUGUGGAGAUGCAUGAGCCCUAUACCUUCCUCAAUGGCCUCACAGUGUCGGACAUGGAAGACCUUCUGGAGGACAUACAGGUAUACAUGGAGUUGGAACAGGGCAAGAAUGUAGAUUUCUGGAGAGACAUGACCAUCAUUACUGAGGAUGAGAUCUCCAAACUCCGCAAGCUUGAGGCAUCUGGAAAGGGGCCAGGAGAGCGUCGAGAAGGGGUAAAUGCCUCUGUUAGUUCUGAUGUUCAGUCAGUAUUCAAAGGGAAGACCUACAAUCAGCUCCAAGUGAUCUUCCAGGGCAUCGAGGGCAAGAUCCGGGCAGGGGGGCCCAACCUGGAUAUUGGCUACUGGGAGAGCCUAUUACAGCAACUCAAGGCACACAUGGCCAGAGCCAGGCUCCGUGAGCGUCACCAGGAUGUACUCCGGCAGAAAUUGUACAAGCUAAAGCAGGAGCAAGGUGUGGAGAGUGAGCCUCUAUUCCCCAUCCUCAAGAAAGAGCCAUCAUCUCCCAGCGACAGAUCAGAGCCCGAAGAUCAAGGUGAGGCCCAACCGGGACCUUCCACAUCAGGUGCCACAGAGGAGCAGGAAGCUGAAGGAGAGGCCAGAGCUGAAGGGGAAGCUGAGGGUGAGGGGGAAGCUGUGCUCAUGGAAGAAGACUUAAUCCAGCAGAGCUUGGAUGAUUAUGAUGCUGGCAAGUACAGCCCCAGGUUACUCACCUCCCAUGAGCUACCCUUUGAUGCCCAUGUGGUAGAGUCAGAAGAAGACCUUCAACGCCUGUUGCUCUCUCGGCAACAACUACAGGUCACAGGAGAUGCCAGUGAAAGCGCAGAAGACAUCUUCUUCCGCCGGGCCAAGGAGGGCAUGGGAGCAGACGAGGCCCAGUUCAGUGUGGAAAUGCCUCUCACAGGCAAGGCCUAUCUGUGGGCAGACAAAUACCGGCCCCGCAAGCCUCGAUUCUUCAACCGUGUCCACACAGGCUUUGAGUGGAACAAGUACAACCAGACCCACUAUGACUUUGACAACCCCCCACCAAAGAUUGUGCAAGGCUACAAGUUUAAUAUCUUUUACCCAGACCUGAUUGACAAGCGCUCUACACCAGAGUACUUCCUGGAGGCAUGUCAGGACAACAAGGACUUUGCUAUCCUGCGCUUCCAUGCCGGGCCUCCCUAUGAGGACAUCGCCUUCAAGAUUGUCAACCGAGAGUGGGAGUAUUCACACCGCCAUGGCUUCCGCUGUCAGUUUGCCAAUGGCAUCUUCCAGCUUUGGUUCCACUUUAAGCGGUACCGCUACCGACGGUAGGGGAGUGAUGGGGAGGCCGGAAGAGCCACUCCUGUGCCCAUACUGUUCUCUGAAAGAGGCCACACAUGCCAAUGUCCUCCCCUGGCAUUGCCCCUGUUGCUGUUCUCAGUCUCAUUUUGUUCCUAGGCUGGGGUAGGAGGAUAUAUAUAUUCUUUGCCCCAUGUUUCUUCCUUUUUGAAAUCCUCUGUACCUUGGCCUAAUAUCAUUGUUUCUUCAGGACUACUUUCAGCUUAAUAAAAGUAAUUUUGGAGUAAA